CCCACCAUCCUCAGUUUGUCACCACCAUCCUCCAUCCUUCACCAACUCUCGUCACCGAUCCUGCCCCUCCAAAUCCUUUCACCCACAUCUCAUAAAUCCCCUAAGUAGCAGCUCAUUGUUCCCUACUCCGCCGCAGUCGCGUGUUGACUUCAAUAGCCUUGGGUUUCCCUUUUCGACAAGCAAAUGCUAGUCCCCCCUCAAGUUCUGGCUAUCUUUGCCCUUCGGGCUUCCAUUUUAGGAGGAAUCAUCUUUCUCACUCACAAUUUUCUAGUAAAAUUGAGCAUGAAACCAAUCUCGUUCUUCCUCUAAUUUUGGUAGAUUUAAAUGAAUAUUGACCAUUUAGAUUUGGGGGAAAUGCAUAGGAUUUAUGAGUAUUCCGUUUCUUAUCUUUUUGAAAGAUUGUGACACUGUUUGUCUAGUGUUUAGUUGUUGUUCUGCUUAGAUUCCCCUGCUAUCUUUGCCAUGAAAUUUUACUGUUCAUGCAAAAAAUUAUGCUGUCUUUGCUGCUGUUUUACUAGAAAAUCCUGUUGUUUUUGCCAUAAAAUUUUACUGUUCAUGCAAAAAAAAAAUUAUGCUAUUUUUGCUGCUGCAUUUUCUGUAACCUGUUUUGCUACUGCAUUUUCUACAACUUGUUUUUCUAUUGUACUUUUCUGCAAUCUGUUUUUCUGCUAUAUUUUUCUGCAAUCUGUUUUGCUGCAUUUUCUGUAACUUGUUUUGCUGCUGCAUUUUCUGUAACUUGUUUUGCUGCUGCAUUUUCUGUAACUUGUUUUGCUGCUGCAUUUUCUACAAUCUUGGCUGCUUUUGCUUCUGCAUUUUUGCUACAUUUCCCCAGUUGUUUCUGCACUGUUUUUAAACCAGAAAAUUCUGUAUUUUCCCCAGAAAAAUUUUGCAUUUUGCUGCAUUUUUCCUUGCUGUUUUCAGCAGUAUUUUCCCCCAAAAUUUUUUUGCCAUUUGCCAAGUUUUGCUGCUCCUUGCCGAAAAUGUUUGGUAGGUCAACUGUCAUUUUUGGAAAUUUAUAUAUGACUAUACGUGUGAGUUAUAUAUAUAUAUAUACUAGUAAGGUUUUGGUGGGUAGAAUGGCAAGAGGAGAUAGGGAGAAAUUGUUCCUUUGGUAUAGAACUUGGUACUAGAAUUAAAGAUCAAUUUUAGU